AUGGAAGAAUCAGCGAGUCCCUACUGUGCACCGCACCUCAUCAGAACCACAAACUCGGCAGCGAAGAAAGGCAGCAUCCCGGCAGGUACACAGGGUUCCAACUCCGGCCGCCAGCCCAUCAGAGGACGAACCUCAGCCACCAAGCUCUUCACAUUCUCCAGGUACUUGGAUGCUUGA